UUCCCCUUGCGUCCAGUAACUUCUGUCUCUCCUCGGCUUCCAUCGACAUCGUGGAUUUCAAUGACAUUCACGUUUUGCGCUAAAUUCACAAGUUUCUAUGUUGAAAAACAUGUCAUUAAGCUCUAUAUUCAGGAAUCUCACUAUAAAUGUGUGCAAGGUCAGUAGACAGACUUUGCACACAGGAUGUCCUCUUCUGGCCACUGACAAGAACCUCCUGGUCAAGCUGAGAAAAAGCACGGGCUACACUUUCAUUAACUGCAAGAAAGCGCUUGAGAAGUUCGACAACGACAUAGCCCAGGCAGAGGCAUGGUUACAUGAGGAGGCCAAGAAGGAAGGCUGGAGCAAAGCAAACAAGCUGGAGGGUCGCAAAGCCAAAGAGGGUCUCAUUGGUCUCCUUCUAGGAGAUAAAGUAGCUGUCAUGGUGGAGGUCAACUGCGAGACAGAUUUUGUCGCCCGGAAUGAGAAGUUUCAGCAGCUGGUUAAAGACGUCGCCUUCGCCACUUUGGCUCACCACCAAAGUAAAAGUCAAAGUCGGACAGGAUACAUCAAGAGUCUCCUGACAUCCGAUGAGCUGGGCAAACUGAGUGUGUCUGAUGGAGCCACCCUGGCUGAUCAGGUGGCUUUAAGCAUUGGUCGCCUGGGUGAGAACAUGUCAGUGAGGCGGGCAGUCACAGUAAGCGUCCCCGCCGACUGGAACAUUGGCUCGUAUGUUCAUGGUGGCAUAGCAGGCCAGACUGAGGUGUCAAUGGGACGCUACGGUUCUCUGGUUGUGUUCCAAGGUGGUAAAGAAGAAAACGGGGGAAUUUUAGGACGCAAACUGGGACAGCACAUCGUGGGAGAGGCGCCCACAUCGCUUGGCAAUAUGGAUGACCUGCCAUGUGGUGAAAGUGAGACGCGCCUCUUGCCUCAGACCUUUCUGGGAGACCCCAGCAGGACUGUGGCCCAGUUUCUGAAGGGUCAAGAGGCUCGGGUUCUGGACUUUGUCAGAUUUCAUUGUGGAGAGACCAUCGGUGAAGAAGUCAAAUGAUAGAAGCAAAGAAAUAAUUUCAGUGCAUCUCGUGUCAGUAACAUAACAUAAAAAGCUUAAAAAGGCACCAUGAAAUUGUAGCCAUGUCAACAAAAAUGACUGCGCUAAUGUAAUUUUAUAUACAAUCAUUUUACCAUUUCAUAGUUAUUCCACACAAAACAAUGCAUCAGGAACUACUUUAAGUUCAGCAAUUGUGGUUGUGACAUCAGAAAUUGAUCAUGUCGAAGCUUUCUAUGGCUGUGCUAGCUAGUACAUGUUGUAUGUUUACAUGUCUGAGAAUAGAAAGCCUAUGGAUAGCAUGCUUGCAGACUGCAAACAUCUACAGCUCAUUCUGGGUGUGAAUCGUUUUAGUAGUCGGGGUAAAGGCAGCUAAGAAAGGUAGACUAAUUAGCAUCUAAUUAAGCCUGGUCACCUUUUUUGGAUGCUUGUGCCCAAAAUAUGGUUUGCUAUCAUUUUAAAGUCACUUGCUGCAGUACUUCCUCACACCUUUUUUGCACCCAGUACACCCAUAAAGACAGUCAUGACCACCAUUUUUUCUGGCUGAUGCCAUGAACUCUGUAAUGAUCUAUGUCCUUAUUGAUGCUAAUAGGUUGUGGAAGCACAUUUGAAGCUUUACAUGUACAGUGGGGCAAAUAAGUAUUUAGUCAACCACUAAUUGUGCAAGUUCUCCCACUUGAAAAUAUUAGGCCUGUAAUUGUCAACAUGGUUAAACCUCAACCAUGAGAGAAUGUGGGGGGAAAAAAAAAAAACAGAAAAUCACAUUGUUUGAUUUUUAAAGAAUUUAUUUGCAAAUCAUGGUGGAAAAUAAGUAUUGUCAAUACCGAAAGUUCAUCAAUACUUUGUUAUGUACCCUUUGUUGGCAAUAACGGAGGCCGAACGUUUUCUGUAACUUCACACACUGUUGCUGGUAUUUUGGCCCAUUCCUCCAUGCAGAUCUCUUCUAGAGCAGUGAUGUUUUGGGGCUGUCGUUGGGCAUCACAAACUCCCUCCGCAGAUUUUCUAUGGCGUUGAGACAAUAGGCCACUCCGAGACCUUGAAAUGCUUCUCACGAAGCCACUCCUUUGUUGCCCUGGCUGUGUGUUUGGGAUCAUUGUUAUGCUGAAAGACCCAGCCGCGUCUCAUCUUCAAUGCCGUUGCUGAUGGUAGAUUUUCACUCAAAAUCUCUCGAUACAUGGCCCCAUUCAUUCUUUCCUUUCCACAGAUCGGUUGUCCUGGUCACUUUGCAGAAAAACAGCCCCAAAGCAUGAUGUUUCCACCCCCAUGCUUCACAGUGGGUAUGGUGCAAUUCAGUAUUCUUUUUCCUCCAAACAAGAGAACCUGUGUUUCUUCCAAAAAGUUCUAUUUUGGUUUCAUCUGACCAUAACACAUUCUCCCAGUCCUUCUGGAUCAUCCAAAUGCUCUCUAGCAAACCGCAGACGGGCCUGGACGUGUACUUUCUUCAGCAGGGGGACACGUCUGGCAGUGCAGGAUUUGAGUCCCUGGCGGCGCAGUGUUACUGAUAGUAGCCUUUGUUACUGUGGUCCCAACUCUCUGUAGGUCAUUCACUAAGUCCCCCCGUGUGGUUCUCGUUUUUUUUGGUCCGCGUUAUCAUUUUGACGUCACAGGGUGAGGGAGUUGAAAGUCCGUGUUGCCCAACGACAGCCCCAAAACAUCACUGCUCUAGAGGAGAUCUGCAUGGAGGAAUGGGCCAAAAUACCAGCAACUGUAAAAACCUUAUGAAGAGUUACAGAAAACGUUUGGCCUACGUUACUGCCAACAAAGGGUACAUAAAGUAUUGUGAUGAACUUUUGGUAUAGACCAAAUACUUUUCCACCAUGAUUUGCAAAUAAAUUCUUUAAAAAUCAAUGUGAUUCUGUGGGAUUUUUUCGCACAUUCCGUCUGUUUGAGGUUUAGCCAUGUUGGCAAUUACAGGCCUAAUAUUUUCAAGUAGGAGAACUUGCACAAUUAGUGGUUGACUAUUUGCCCCACUAGUUUCAAAUAAGUGCCUUGACAUAAUUUACACCACUUACCUGGGCUGAGGCAAAGCAUGUGACAAUUUAAGCUUUCGAGCAAAGUCUGCAAAAUGCAUCAUGUCAUAACUCAAAAAUAGACUUGGCGGGGGAUCCAUGUCUGACCAAAUCUUUAAAUUCUUCCCAAGCAAGAGCCAGGCUGGUCAUCAAGCACCAGUUGUCUCUAGUUAUGCAUUUUUGAGUACCACUUGCUAAGUAAAAUUCAUGGCUGUUGAAAAUAUUUUAUAAAAACUGUACAUUUGAUGCUGUUGCUUUAACCUUCAGCAUGGUCAAUGUCAUUAUUUGAAAAAGUUGAUUUAAACUAGCAAGUCAAUUACCUUAUUUAAAAUCUAUUUAGGGGUUGUAGUGUACUCAUAAAUUUGCUUGUAUGCAUUAUGUAGCCUUUUUUUUCCUCAGUAAAAGCAAUCAUGCAUUCACAUUCUAGCUAGUUUAAACCUCUACCAUUUGGUGUCAUCUCGAAAAAAAAAAAAGUGUCACGUGAUCCCCAUCGUCUACUUAAGUCUUUGUUAAGCAAAUCAGGGGAAGUCACAAAACAACCCCCAGAACUGUUUGUUGACCAAUGGGUUGAAUGAUUUAUCGCCCAGUAAAUUAUAAAACGUGAGGUAUACUGUAUAUUAGUCAGAUUCUGAAAUGUGUGUGCCUCAUUCAUGAAAGCUUUUGUUUAUUGUUUGACUACACCCUGAGACUCUGUAUUUGUGUUUCCACUUAGUUUUUAUUAAAGCCUCCAGAACAGAAAAUGUGCAGCGUUGUUGGUACGAGGUCAAGAGCCAACACCAAUAUCGUACUGUAUAUGGAAGAUCGAAUAAAAAUGUUACAUUUAAAAAAUACUUCAAACGUCCCAAGGUAAAUUUGGACCCGAUUAAUGCAUUUGAAGGUUUAGUAAAAAUCUAGGAAAGCUAGAGCAAACAAAGGUUUUGAAAUAAAAAAUGCAAACAAAAGUUCAAUGUAAAAUGUUUAUUAAUAUAAAGUUUAAUUAAAUACACAUAAAAACCCAAUUUUGUAGACAAGGAUCAGCAUUGUAAGUUUUCUCCAUCACCUAGGGGGGAAAGAAAAAAAAAAAAAAACAAGCGUCAUCCAACUUCAAAAAGACAUUGAAAUUCACAUUAGAAUCAACAUGAUUGUAAUGUAGUUAAACAGGUGGUGCUGGGUAAGUGACCAAUAUCACUUAAGACAUUUUAAAAUCCAAAAUGUCACAUCGACUGUGCAUUUGCCUUAUUAGAGUACAAGAAGCAGGACAACUCAUUGCCUGAAUUGGGGUUUUAACUAGAGGGAUGUUACUUUGAAGGGUAAAACGUAAAAGAAAAUCUUAAGGGACAUGCAGUCAAAAUUGGAGCAGUGGUAAUCAAAGUGUAAAAGUAAUUAAGCGCAUUUAAGGUUGAAAAGAGUUCUGAGAUUCUCAACUGGCACCAACCUAAAAUACUGUACUUACCUUUUAAUUUGGGCUCACCACUGUAUACAUUUUCCCCAUGAUUGUUGUGCUUUCCUCCUAGUGAAUAAAAAUUGUUCCCAUUAAAGCAUGUGAGAUCAAACUUGUUCAGUUGUAACAAUGUGCUCUAGUCUACCUAAACCACAAGUGCAUGUUGGUAGGAUUUGCAAAAUAUCAAAGCACCAGGGGGAAUUGCAUGUGGCCUUCAAAACCACCAAUAAGCCAGUCAUGUCAAAAGAGCAGCAGUUUUACAGAAUUUUGAUGAAUCG